CACAGCACGAGGCUUUGCCCCUGUGCUCGCUUAAAGCGAGACAUAGGGGCGCCCCUAAAAUACCCCAAACUCUCACCGCCGAUCCCAAUCCCUACCUCACCGCCGAUGUGAGCCACGCCGGAGAUUCCCAAGCCGCGGGCGCUUCCUGCCGCCGAAUCGAUUCCCUCGCAGGCGAGGCCACUAGGAGGACCUCUGGAGUAAGCUACUUGUAUGAUGGAGGCUGCAAUGUAUCGCCAUUGGUCAGAUCUUCAGCCGGAACUCCUGGGCCUUGUUCUCAAGCACCUGCCCUCCCUGUCUGACCGUGUUCGUCUAAGAGCAGUCUGUCGCACCUGGCGCUCUAAUAGUAUGUUGCAGCCCCUUCCUCUGCCAUUCCCGUGGCUCACCCUCCCAGACGGUACUUUCCUCAGCAUUCCAGGCAGUGAAAUUCACCGCAUACCUGUACCAGAAGGUGCUUGUUGCCAAGGCUCCAUUGACAACUGGCUAUUCCUCAUUGACAAUGGUAAUGUGUGCUCAUUGAUGAAUCCUUUCUCCAAGACUGCAUUAGAGCUUCCUAAUCUAGUGGCUGUUUGGGAGCGUGAGAUACGUUACCACUCUGACCGUAAACCAAUUUUCUAUAAGUUGGUGGUGCCCUCUCCCCUGGACUCAUCACCUCAUUCCCCUGUCGUUGCACUAAUCAUGGACGAUGGUUGUUUCCAUACACUCUGUAUUAGCCAGCCACCGAUCGCCACUGCCUCGCUCAGAGAUAAUAAGGAUCCACGACUGUUCCUCAGUGAUGUUGUAUUCUUCAACGGGAAGUUGUACGCAUGGGGUCGCUUCGGCCAGCUAUUCAUCGUUGAUUUGGAUAAUGACCGUACCAUUUCAUCCAUCAGCUGCAUAAUUGACUCUUUGGGUGAUAUAGGUGGAACACCUCAAGAUUUGUCCAUAGCAGAGGAGUACAUGGUAAAACCGUAUCUCAUUGAAUGUGGGGGUAAACUGUUGCUGGUGGCAAGAUGGUUUCGCUGCAUGCCACGUUCGACAAGCUACGAUGUCUUUGAACAUAAGCGUACUGCCGUGUUUCAGGUCUUUGAGGCAGACCUGCACACCAGCCCCGGUCGAUGGAGAAAGGCCACUGAGUUGGGUGGCCAUGCGCUCUUUCUUGGCCAACAUGGCUCCAAGUGCCUGCCUGCUGUGGAAUGCAGUGGAUACCAUGAGGAUUGCAUCUACUUCAUGUGUGACUAUGUCUGGCCGACCUCUUCUGCGAAUCCUCUUUGCGACUCUGGUGUGUACAGCAUGAGGGAUGGCACAAUCACGCCAUUGAUGUCAGAGGCAGCAGCAGCACCGCUGCAGCGUGUUGGACAGUGGCGGCCCACAUGGUUCUUCCCUCCUCAAGCUGUGUGAUCAAUCCAUCAGGUUUUGUUCUGUUGUUUUGGAGAUUCUCAGCACAUAUAUGCCUCCCUUGUUCUGCUGAAGCCCUGUCAUCCCACCCAGCCUGGGUGCUUCUCAUGACUUUUACCAUAGCAAUCUGCUACUGUGUUAUCUUUAUUACCAUGAUUGUGUACACAUCAAAAGUCUUGUGGAUGAUCUUAUAUGGGAUGUGUAUUUGAAUGCGCAGUCUUCAUGAUAGCAACUUGUGAGCUUGUGUCA